AUGGCGGGCGGCAGCGCCGGCGACGACGACGUCGUCGUCCCCGUGUCGCCGCGUGCACAGCAGCCAAGCGGAGGAGGGCGGCGGGGACACCGCCAGAAAGCGGCGUGGCUCUCGCUCGACAUCAUCAUCGCGGAGAUCGCGUCGCGCUCCGACCCGGCCACCCUGGUGCGGUGCGCGGCCACGUGCAGGGACGCGCGCCGCCGCAUCGCCGAGGACCCAGACCUCCGCGGCCGCCUCCGCCUCCGCGACACGGAGCGGUUCGUCCUCCCCCUCCUGCGCGGCCACCUGACGCGGAUCACGACCUACACCAGAGGCGCCUUCAUGUCGAAGUCGAAGACCGACGUGUACCUGGUGGACGCCGCCGCCACCACCGCGGCGGACUCCACCCGUCUCGUCAAGGCCACCUUCGCCUCCGGCGCUGAGGCCGAGACGUUGAGCAACGUCGUGCCCAUGGACUCGCGCCGCGGCCUCUUCCUCGUUCACGCCACAACGACGACUCAGACUAACCCGUAUCAGUAUCAGUUGCAGCUGUUCGUGUGGAACCCGGCCACCCGUCGCCGCCUGGUCCUCCCGCCGGAACUGGCGUUCCCAGAGGACGACCCGGACGCUGGCCGGAGUACGGACGUGGAGUACGUGCUCCUCGUCGACGACAGCGACGGCGAGGGUGCCGGUGCCGGUGCUGACGCCGCCGACGGCCGGCCUUUCCAAGUGCUCAAGGCGAAGUUAGUGCUGUCAGAGAAGUACCGUUCUCACCGUCGCCUGCUGGUUCAGACCUUCUCGUCGGAUCACGGCGCAUGGUCCCCGUGCACGGAGAUCCCGACUCCAAACUUGCACGGAAGCGACAGCUCGCCGUCGCCGCUACAACGCAGGCCCCUGGUCGUCGGCGACGUCGUGCACUGGCUGUGCCUGACCGACAGCGGGAGCUACAUGCUCAUGCUCCACGUGAGAGCGGCGCGGGUGAACGUGACGGCUCUCCCGGUGAGCUUCCCCCGCGACGGCAAGAACAUCCAGUACGACCGGAGACAUCAGUACCUGUUGGCGAUGGCUACGGCGGGCGGGAACCCCGUCGUGCUCGUCGCCGACGCCGACAGGAUCUCCGCCUGGGAGCAGUCGAAGCACACCAAGAUGUGGAAGCCGCGGCCGCAGGUGGUGAUAGAGAACGAGACGAUGCUGCGGUUCAUGAGGGACAAGUGUGUUCCUCGGCUAGAGUUGUUUGGAGAGAAGAGCGGCGCCCUGCUCCUUCGUAUUGAUGGCUGCUGUUUGCUGUGGCUGGAUCUCCACACCAAGAAGAUCCUCAGGUGCUUCUCCUUGGAUCGGUUGUUAUACGCAGAAGUGUAUUGUCCCUACGAGAUGGAUCUUUCGUCUUGGGUGCCAACCUUCAAUAGUGCUGUUAUAUCUUUUGAUUAA